UUCUUCUUGGGCAAGUGGGAGGAAAUGUCAAACAUAUUUGUUUUGAAUUCAUGAUCGUUGUCGCUGGACUAUUUUCUGGAAGGGAUGCUAAUAUGUUUUUGGUUCUUGAUUGUAGUUCGUUGUUUUGGUUGCUGGGAGAGAAUAAUAAGAAACAAUAAUCAAUUUUUGUUGGGAAAAGAUGUUAGAUUGUUUGCUAGGAGGAAAUGAUAAGAAAAGAUGGUUUUCUGUGGAUAGCAAUGUAUUGGAGAAGAAACAAUGGCAUCUGUGUCGAUUAGCAUCACCAGCCUCGUCGGCAUCUGCGUUUGGAAGCUCGAAUUUUACAUCGUCAACUCCAUCAAUGGUGGCAUUGAUGUGUAUGGAGCUAUGGCAUGCGUGUGUUGGAUCAUUAAUUUCUCUGCCGAAGAUGUGAGGCGACCAGAUAAUGGCAGCAAAACAUUGAGUGAACUUAAAUUUCAGGUAACACUCUGUUCAUAUGAGAUCACUGACCUCAUCCUUUUUCUUGGCAUUUGGUAUUGACUUGUUUCUUGCCACUGCGGAUAGAAGAUUACUUGGAUGUGGCUAUCCUGAUCCAAUGAGCGUUAUGGCACCUGUAUUGGAAUUAUAAUUACGCAGACUUGUACUACUUUGUGUUUCUUCUUACAUCUACAUAAUCUGUAUUUUUCUUGAUAAGCUGACCUAAUGUUCGUUUCUGUUGUAAAUAUGAGAUUAUGUCUUGAGUUCUCUAUGACUAGAUCUGUUAUAUUA